CUCCUAUAAUGAUUGUUUAUGGAGUUCUGCUUUACCAAUUCGAGUUAAGGACACCAUGAACAAAAAGUAGUACGAAGCGAUCUAGAUAUAUGCGCACUACCGAUUUCCUGCAAAACCCUACCUUUUCUUCUCCUUCGAUGUCUAUAGGUUUAGAACAGAGCCGUUGAAGAAUUUUGAUUCUAUAUUGACGAUGUUCAAGUGUCUGCAUUGAAGGGAAUGUGUUUCAGGACAUAAGGAUUUGGGCUUGGGUUUCAGGAGCUUUGGAGAUGAUGAGCACUGAUCAUUGCAAGAGAUCAUGUAGUCAUGGUAAAGCUGCACUCCUCUGUAAUGAUUCUGGUGGAGGAACUGAUGACAGAAUCAUUGUUGAUAGAGUGGUUGGGGAAGCAUCUAUUCGAGAGGAUUUUGAGGCUCUUACUGUGUCAAAACGCCUUGUAAGAAGUGUUAGCGAGAAAUUGCGGAAAAAGAAUCACAGAGGAAAUGUUGAGGAAGAAGGAAAUCAGAGGAGAAUUUCUUCAAGAUGCCUUGGCUUGUAUGGAAGGGGUGGUGGUUGCAAGGUGGGUGCUGACACAUGCGAGGACUUUGCGGAUGGUAUCUGUAGAAGAAAGUCUAGUGCGGACGAAGAAGGCAAAGGACACCAAUCAAUCGGUGGCACUGAGGACACUAGAAUUGAUUGCUUCUCAUAUGGGGUGACUGAGAGGUUUUGGAAGAGGAUUGGUGCAAAAGAGAGAGGACUUGAAGAGCCACCAUCAGAUGGUGGAAUCAAUGUUCUGCUUCCAGAUGAACUUCUUGAAAUGUGCUUGGUGAGGCUUCCGCUCAGCAGCCUCAUGACUGCUCGCCUUGUGUGCAAGAAAUGGAGAUCCCUGACUUCAACUCGCCGAUUUUUGCAGUUGAGGUGUGAAGGUUUGUAUCGUAGCCCAUGGGUGUUCCUUUUUGGUGUUGUGAAGGAUAGUUAUUGUUCAGGCCAUAUACAUGCAUUGGAUGCAUCCCUUGAUCAAUGGCAUAGGAUUGAUGCUCAUAUUCUGAAGGGAAGGUUUCUUUUCUCUGUUGCCAGCAUUGGAGAUGAUGUUUUUGUUGUUGGUGGUUGUUCUAGCUUGACUAACUUUGGGAAGGUUGACAAGACUUCAUUCAAGACUCAUAGAGGGGUAAUAGUAUUCAGCCCUAUAACUAGAUCAUUUCGUAAAGUGUCUCCAAUGAAACAUGAGAGGUCAGCUCCCAUUUUAGGUGUUUUCAGCGUUGGUUCUUAUUGCUCUGUCUUUCGAAGUCAAUCAAACUGGGCAGACCCGCACUUUUCCAGGUCAAGGGUGGGUGGUGUAUCUAAUGUGUAUGAGGAUCCUCACAGGCUUUCACUAAGACGUCAUCUCAGGGGUUCUUCCAGUGAAGAUGAAGCUUCGUCAGAACCCAAGAGAAAGCCAUGCAGGUCUGUCAAGCAAGAAAGCAGUUGGUCGAACCUGGAUGAGGAUAGGAGGUUUAUUUUGAUUGCUGUAGGUGGGCUGGGAUCCUGGGACGAGCCUCUGGAUUCUGGGGAAAUCUAUGAUCCAGUAUCAGAUAAAUGGAUGGACAUACCUAGGUUGCCUGGAGAUUUUGGAAUAGUUUGUUCUGGGGUUGUUUGUAAUGGGAUGUUCUAUGUUUAUUCUGAGACUGACAAACUGGCUGCCUAUGACUUAGAAAGAAGUAUUUGGGUGGGAAUCAGGACCACUCAGUCCCCUCCUCGUCUUCAUGAUUACUUCCCAAAACUCAUUUCUUGUAACGGUCGCCUCUUCAUGCUCUCCGUCUCCUGGUGUGAGCAGGAUUGUCAGAUGGGUUGUCAAGAUAAAGCUGUAAGGAAGCUGUGGGAGUUAAAUCUCUCAUUGCUUACCUGGAGGGAGGUCUGUAGACAUCCAGAUGCCCCCAUGGACUGGAAUGCUGCAUUUGUGUCCGACGAGAAUUGGAUAUUUGGGAUUGAAAUGUUCAAGAUAUUUGGGCAAGUGUUGGACUUCCUGACUGUUUGUGAUGUGUCUGGUUCAGAAUUGAGGUGGACUCGUAUCUCAAGGAAGCAUGUGGCACAUGAACUGGAUGCUUCAUCGUGCUUAACAAAGUCGAUAGCUGUACUGCAUCUCUGAAGCUCUUGGUGAACAAUGCAAGUCAUGCAGAAGAGAGUUCCUGUAUCUGUCCGCAAUUGUGACAUUCCUCAUAUCUAUUGUUUCAGGUUUCUAUGUAGACCUUUGUAUCUUGGCAACUUUGUGCUUGUGGUGAUUGAUUCAGAUUUUCAACACCCUCCUUGGCAUUUAAUGUAAAUUAAACAAUGUUGAUUAAAAUUGAUUCGGUAUUUCAAUCACU